AUGCGUGCUAUAGAAGCACGAAAUACUCAUAUUACUUUUAGUGAGUUGUAUGCAUUACUGCUCAAAGAAGAAUCCCAAUUGAAGUUUGAUUCUCUCACUCUUAAUUUUGUCGUUCUUGCUACUGCUCACUAUGCAAAUUCUAGACGAGGCAGUAGAGGGCAUGGCCGUGGUUACCGUGGGCGUGGUGGACAGUCAUCAUAUCAAGGACGCAGUUUUGGGCAGUCUAGUUAUGCUUCUGGUCGUGGCACUUCUACUUUAACAUGUUUUAAUUUCAAUGGAACAGGACAUGUUUCAAGACAAUGUCCCUCACCUCGCACCAAUUCUCAAGCCAAUGUAGUAAAAACUCAAACCAAACCUCUUCAGGUUUGGACUGUGGACUCCGGCGCAAAUUAUCAUCUAGUAGCUAAUCAGGAAACUAUAGCUCAUCCUGUUCCUGUUAAUGAUCCCACCGCUCUCACAAUUGCUAAUGGUAAAACACUUUCCUGUCUUAUCUCGUGGUUCUUCAAUUACUUCUAUUAA